GCUGGCGCGAGACUGGAUCAAUGUUAACUAUCUACACUCCUCUCUGAAAGGGCCAAAAGAGUGUGGGAGAGAGAAAUACAGAUCUUUACUCCUCUCUUAAAGGGACAGGAUCCACCAGGUUUCCAGGGGGUGUGUAGUGAUGCUGUGACCAGGGUCAGGGGUUAAGGUCAUUGGUCAGGGAUUAAGGGUCAGGAAUCAGGUGAUGUUUGGGGACUUGAUGUGUUCCCCGGUGGGGUGUCGUUCUCCGGUCGACAGCGCUGGGAACAGUGAGGAAGAGAUCGACCAACACCGGAGGCCUCGUAGAGGCACCAGAAAACAACGGGCAAGCCCAAGGACACAGAGGGAGCAGGACAAAGAUGAAGAAGAGGAGGGGAACCGGAAUAGCCAAAGCCCGGGGAAGAAGAGAGGGAAGAGGAGAGGAAGUGACAGAAGUGACGGGAGUGACGUCAGCAGUGUGAGCAGCCUACCCAGGUCUCUGGAGGACAUGCAGGCUCAGCGUGUCAUGGCCAACGUACGGGAGCGCCAGAGGACCCAGUCACUCAACCAGGCCUUCGCCUCGCUACGACAGAUCAUUCCCACACUGCCCUCAGACAAACUCAGCAAGAUCCAGACACUCAAACUGGCCACGCGGUACAUAGACUUCCUCCACCAUGUGCUGCAGGGCGAGGGAAUGGACCUGGAUUUGGAUGAAGCACAUGUGUCAGGAGCAGCCAGCUGUGGUUCCGUGGCCCAUGAGCGUCUGAGCUAUGCCUUCUCAGUGUGGAGGAUGGAGGAGGACGUAUGGUCCAGGUCUGCUGUCUCACACUAGUGCUCACUCCACUGCAGGGGCACAACCAAACAGGAUUAUGCAAGAGGAUCCAUGCUGGUUGGGGUAUACUGGGGAAAACAGGACUAAAUGGCCUAGCGUGAUACAUUCAGAACCAUGGUGGAACACCUCGUAACGGCGAAUGUUGGAGAAUUAGAACACUUUCUGUACUGUGUAUCUCUAUGGUGGGAGAUAUGCUGGCCUGUUUCUGUGUGCUUGGUUCCAACCAUCCAUAAGCCUUAUACGGGACACACAGGGCCGAUAAUAGGUCAAAAACCCAUCAGUGGACAACUAUAGCUCAUUUUGGUCUGUUCUAUGCUUCACACACAGACAUGGAGACUGUCAGAAUGCUCCAAAUGACCUCUACCACAGGAGGUUGGUGCCAUUUUAAUUGGGGAGGACGGGCUCAUACUAAUGGCUGGAGCGGA